AUGUCUUUUACUUGCGGAGACGAGUACGCGGCGCAUCUAAAAGGACAUGGCUCUCAGGGAAAUCAAUUCAAUGACGCCCAGAUACAGUUGCUGAAACGACAACGUGGACUUCCGGAUCCUAGUCCUGUCAAAUGUUGCCCACUGUGCAAUAUCUCCCUGGGGAAUCUCAGCCAACCCUACAACGAGGGAACCGCAUAUUCCAGCCGCAAAGGAACUGAACAGCCUUCUCCAGCUACUCUAGCUUUGAAGAUGCAGAAACACAUAGCAUCACAUCUCAUGACGAUUGCGUCUUAUUCCCUACCAUGGCUGGACGAAACCGACGGCGAUGUAGCGAGCGAUAGACCUCUCUCUUUGGCAAGCGAGAUUACAAGCAAUGAAUUGGCGGAAGGUAGUGACAAGCCACGUCAUUCCGAUAGCCACAGAGAUUUCCCAGAUGAACUAGGAACCCCUACUUUUGACGACCCCGACAACGAACCAGACGAGUACAUUCCAGGUGAAUGGGAUUUCAUCACCGAUACCUCGUAUGAAGGCCAAGAGUUCGAUAGUCUUCUGUCUUCUUUUGUGCGCAAAUAUCACGUUGACAUGGCUUUUACCGGGAGCACCAAAAGGGAGCCUUCGCUUCCAUGCAGCGUUUAUGGGCCGGCUGGAAUUGGUAAAACUCAGGUCGCAGUUGAGUUUGUAUACCGACACAUGCAAGAGUUCGACGCAGUAUUCUGGGUUCACGCUGACGAAGCCUCAAAGUUGAUCGAGGAUAUCAAUCGAAUCACAGUUCACUUAGGCUUGGUGGAUGAAGCAUCGGCUGAUUCUGGUGAUCAAUCCUUAACCAGAGAUCUUUUCAAGCGUUGGCUCGGGAAUCCUACGAUAUCAUCUAAGUCCGAUCUCAGAUCUGAGCGAGCGAACUGGCUACUCAUACUAGAUCAUGUUAUUGAACCUGCUAUACUCGAUCAAUUCUGGCCCACUGAAAGGGAGUGUGGUUCAAUCCUCAUAACAAGCCGACGGCCGAUGCCGUGGUCUCAUGAUAGGUAUCCUUCUCAUACGCUCCAUCCCUUCACACCCCUAGAAGGAGCCAAUUUCAUGUGCAGUCUACUAAACAAUGGCGUCUCACCAGAGGAAAAACAAUGCGCAAGUAUCAUCAGCUCGAAGGUCAAAGGUGUACCCUACGCCUUGAGACACUUGACGAAAUGGAUCACAGGAGAGAAUUUGAGUUUCAGCGAAUUUCUUACGCAGAAUCACACUCGUGAGAACAAAGAACUACAGAAGAAGAUGAGAGGAGAGCUGGGUAGGUUCGUCAUGGCCGAGGAACACUCGUUUCUCGAAGUCGCGUUUGAGAGCAUCAAGCAUUCGAGACCGUUGUUAGAUGUGUUAGCUAUGCUCGAUCCAGACAAGAUUCCCGAACGGAUUCUGAUAACGGAUUCCCCUCAUGUGUUUAUUCAGGGGUAUCCGGCGACCCAAUCAAGCCUGCACGAGGCACUGCAAGAGCUGCUUAAGUAUAGUCUCGUAAUACGGAGCCCUACAUCAGCAACUUACGGCAUACAUCGGAUUGUACAGGAUGCAGUGAGGAAACAAAUGAGUCCUAUAUACUCGAGGGAUGUUUAUAAUACCUGCGUUCUUCUCCUCUCUGCGCAAUGGCCAUUUCACACAUUCACAUGGAGGCAUGGCAUCUCAAGAUGGCCGCAGUGUGAGGAGUUGUUCCCACAUAUCAUCCGCUUGCGCCGCCAUUCCUCAAACAUACAUACUGACGAGUACCACCUGUACGGGGCUUUCCUAUACGCCAGGUUAUGGUGCGAUUGCGGAUGGUACUGCCAUGAGCGCGGAAGAACCAGAGAAUCGGAUGAUUUUAGCGGUAUAGCUCAACGUCUCUGUGAGGAGCUAAAGUCUUCGUAUCCGCUACUCCUGGUCAAUCAACAACCACAUCUUCCCAAUGAGCGAGAUAUUGAGAACAUUCUCGCUGAGAUUCACCAUAAUCGUGGCGUUAUGGCAAACGAGAUCAACCGACCCACCGAAUCUCUCGAAUACCUUUCAAAGUUUCACGCGAUGAUGAUGAAUGAUUUGGGAAACAGGCGACCUGGCACCGACAUGCGUCUCGCGCUGUCAUUCAAUGAGCUUGGAUGUGCUUACAUGCUUCGAAAUGAUUAUUCACGUGCGGAAAAGUGCUUUGAAAGGUCGAUUAGCAGCAUGGAGCAGCUGGACAAUUAUGAAAGAUGGCAGGUUUCUUUACCCGGUGUGAACUUGGGGGUUGUUUAUUGGCUUACUGAGCGGUACACCGAAGCACUCGAAGUCCUCUCGCAAGGACUUCGUGACCGGGAGAAGAAAUUUGGAUCCAACGAUCAAGAGUCUUUCAUUACCGGACGCUUUCUCUAUACUCUCGGAAACGUACAUGAAUCACUCAGCAACUACGACGUCAGUCUAGAGUAUCAUCAGCGCUCGCUCAAUCACUACCGUAAUACUCUCGGAAGUGCACAUCAUCGAACAGCAGAUGCAUUCGUUCGGAUCACGAGACACUUCAUGAGACUUGGUCAACUGGCCGAAGCCUUAGAUCUUGUGGACAAAGCCAUUCACAUAUACCACAAUUUUGACUCCGCCUUCGAAGCAGAAACUGCUCGCGCAAAAUUCUGCAAAAGUAAAGUACUGCGGCAAGUGGGAGAUACCGCCAAAGCAGACAGAGAGUUGGCUGAGAGUGUGAGGUGGUAUUACGAACUUAAUAGGCAAGAUGCGACUGGGGACGGAAAGAUUCAGGAAGCUGACUUUGAUCGACUGGUUGUGUUCUGGUCGAGAUAA